CUCUUCAUAAAUAAAUGCUACGUCCAUUUACUUCUGUUGCUCGACAAGCUCCGUACCAAAAAAAAAGAAAAAACACAUUUACUCCUUUCCGUACAAAAAAUUCACUGUUUUCAUUCUCACCGCCAUUUAGGUAUGAGGAUGAGCUGCAAUGGCUGCAGGGUUCUUCGCAAGGGUUGCAGUAAUGGCUGCUCUAUCAGACCUUGCCUUCAGUGGAUCAAAUCCCCUGAUUCUCAAGCCCACGCCACUCUCUUCCUCGCCAAAUUCUAUGGCCGUGCCGGUCUUCUCAACCUCAUCAAUGCCGGUCCUCAACAUCUCCGUCCCGCUAUAUUCAAAUCGCUGUUAUAUGAGGCUUGUGGCCGGAUCGUGAACCCGAUUAAUGGAUCCGUCGGGUUGCUCUGGUCCGGUAACUGGACCAAAUGUCAGGCCGCCGUCGAUGCUGUGCUCGCCGGAUCGCCGAUUGACGGAACCGACUCGACUGCAUCGAACCGCAGCCUUUCUCUCAAUGCCUGCGAUAUACGCCACGUGGCGAGGGAACCGAGCUGGGCUGCUUCCGAUCACAAUCUUAACCAGGUUAAUAACCGUAGCAGGUUCAAGAGAACCGUGAGCAGACCCAAAACGCAGUUUGGGUUGGCAGCCGGGUCAAAUUCGGUGGAUUCGGAUGGGUUUUUAACACCCGGAUUGACCCGAAUCGGAGUGGACGAGUUCAGUGGGUUGACUGGUCAUGACUCGUUGGCGAAUGGGAAUAGCGGAGAAGAGGAAAGCAUGUUUUCCGUUGAAACGGUGGAGGCUUCGUCUGUGCGGCGAGCCGCUCAGCAAGACUCGGCUCCCAAUCUUGGUAGUCAAGCCGGUGAUGGAGAGGUUCGGCUGGAGCUGACUCUUGGGCUCGCUUGAGCCUCAAAAUUAAAACUGCAAUGAAAAGAUGAAAAAGAAAAAAAAAAAAUAUUCUGGGAAGACUGGGACUAAACAGGUGAAAAGGUCGAGAUGGAGGGACCAGGACACGUGUCCUCCAAUGCGAUUUGGGUGAUACAGAAAGAAACAGUUUUGGCGGCUCAGAAUUAGCUUAGCUUAGUUUUUAGAUCUUUUUAGAGUUGUUCCGUUUUUGGUUUCCGUAAUUUAAUUUUGAUGAAAAUUUAAGGCUAAACGUAUAAGUUGGUGAGAUAAGAUAAGACAUAUGUACGGCCAAGAUGUAAUUAUUUGUUGAAUUUUAGGACAUACAGGCGCUUGAUAAGGUUUUUGAUACAAAUAAAUAAUUGUAUCAAACUCGUUGUAUCUGAUCUUCACCAAAAAAAAUUAAAAA